UGCCCCAGGCGCGGGCGCGCUCGCGAGCAGUCUAAGACGGCAGUGGUGUGAGCUCGGCGAUGGGGAGCGGCGGCGUGAUCCACUGUAGGUGUGCCAAGUGUUUCUGUUAUCCUACCAAGCGAAGACUCAAAAGGAGGCCCCGGAACUUAACCAUCUUGAGUCUCCCAGAAGAUGUACUCCUUCAUAUCCUGAAAUUGCUCUCUGUUGGGGACAUUCUCGCUGUCCGAGCUGUACACUCCCACCUGAAGUAUCUUGUGGACAACCAUGCCAGUGUGUGGGCAUCUGCCAGCUUCCAAGAGCUGUGGCCGUCUCCGCAGAACCUGAAGCUCUUUGAGAGGGCUGCUGAAAAGGGAAAUUUCGAAGCUGCUGUGAAGUUGGGAAUUGCCUACCUCUACAAUGAAGGCUUGUCUGUGUCGGAUGAGGCCUGUGCAGAAGUGAAUGGCCUGAAGGCCUCCCGCUUCUUCAGUAUGGCUGAGAGACUGAAUACAGGUUCUGAGCCCUUCAUCUGGCUCUUCAUCCGCCCACCGUGGUCAGUGUCUGGAAGCUGCUGUAAGGCCGUGGUCCAUGACAGCCUCAGGGCGGAGUGUCAGUUACAAAGAACCCAUAAAGCUUCCAUACUGCACUGCUUAGGCAGAGUGCUGAACCUUUUUGAGGACGAGGAGAAGAGGAAGCAGGCUCAUGGCCUUUUUGAAGAGUCUGCUCAUCAGGGGUGCUUGGCAAGCUCCUACGUCCUUUGGGAAAGUGACAGAAGGAUGGAUACAUCUGAUCCUGGACGGUGCCUCCACAGCUUCCGGAAACUCAGGGACUACGCCGCCAAAGGCUUCUGGGAAGCACAGCUGGCCUUGGCCAAAGCCUGCGCGGGAGGAAGCCAGCUUGGACUAGAAGGGAAAGCCUGCAGUGAAACGGUCUGCCAGCUGUUCCAGGCUUCCCAGGCCGGCAACAAGCAGCAGAUCUUCUCUGUGCAGAAGGGGCUCAGUGAGACGAUGAGGUACAUCCUCAUCGACUGGUUGGUAGAAGUUGCCACAAUGAAGGACUUCACAAGCCUGUGUCUUCACCUGACAGUGGAGUGUGUAGACCGGUACUUGCGGAGGAGGCUGGUACCCAGAUUCAAGCUCCAGCUUCUGGGCAUCGCCUGCAUGGUCAUCUGUACCCGGUUCAUCAGCAAAGAGAUCCUGACGAUCAGAGAGGCCGUGUGGCUCACAGACAACACGUACAAGUACGAGGACCUGGUACGAAUGAUGGGGGACAUCAUCCCUGCCCUGGAUGGGAAGAUUCGGAUCCCUACCGUGGUUGACUAUAAAGAGGUCCUGCUGACACUGGUCCCUGUCCCAUCUAGAACCCAACACCUGUGCAGCUUCCUCUGCGAGCUCUCCCUGCUGCACACCAGCCUGUCGGUCUAUGCUCCUGCCUGCCUGGCCUCUGCCGCCCUGCUCCUGGCCAGACUGAUGCAUGGACAGACACAGCCCUGGACCACUCAGCUGUGGGACCUCACUGGGUUCUCUUACCGCGACCUCAUGCCCUGCGUCCUGAGCCUUUAUAAAAAGUGUUUCCAUGACGAUGCACCCAAAGACUACAGGCAGGUCUCUCUGACCGCCGUGAGGCAGCGGUUUGAGGAUAAGUGCUCUGAAGAAAUCAGCCGGGAAGAGGUACUAAGCUAUGCAGAAUUGUGUGCCGCAUUAGGAGUAAAACAGGAGAGCCCCGAGCCCCCAUCCUUCCCGAGCGUGGGAGAGGUCCACAGCUUCCUCAGCUCCCCCUCCGGGAGGAGAAGCAAACGCAAGCGGGAGAACAGCUUUCAGGAGGACAGGGGCAGCUUUGUCACCACGCCCACCGCAGAGCUCUCGAGCCAGGAGGAGACGCUGCUGGGCAGCCUUCUGGACUGGAGCCUGGACUGCUGCUCUGGCUACGAAGGAGACCAGGAGAGCGAAGGCGAGAAGGAGGGUGACGUUACAGCUCCCAGUGGACUCCUUGAUGUCACUGUGGUCUACCUGAACCCAGAACAACACUGCUGCCAGGAGUCCAGCGAUGAGGAGGCCUGGCCCGAGGACAAGAACCACCAAACGCCACCAGCCUCAGCUCCCAGGCCCCUUCUCUGCAACAGUGGAGAGCCGGGCAAGGAUGUCACGACCUCCGGAUAUUCCUCUGUCAGCAGCGCGAGUCCCAUAAGCUCCCCGGAUGGUGGCAUGGGGGCCUCUCCCCGAUCUACCUCAGUGCUGUCUGUGGGCAGCGACUCAAACACAAAAGCUUGCCACCAUCAGGCCAAGAAGUCAUGUUUACAAUGCCGCCCCCCAAACCCCCAAGAGAGCGGGGUUCACCAGCAACGGGUAAAGCGCCAAAAUGUAUCAGUGCACAGUGACAAGGACACGGACUUGGGCUUCCUGAAGCUCUGA